UCGGUAGUGCAGCCACCAAGUGCAUAAUACAUAACAUACCAAACUAGCUCUGGUACUUGACGGUGAAUCGUGCGCAUUUUUGCGUACCUCAAUGAGUGCAAGUGUCGGAACAAUCCCUGUACGUACACAGGCAUAUCCUAUUAAAGAGAAAAGAGUCGUUUAAAAACGUUUUGCUCGUCCAUCGAGCGGAAGAAAGUGCGACGCGCUUAUAGCGGUGCACUCGGCGGCUACUCGUGUUUCUUUUUCGAGCGCCCACCAGCGAGCUGUUUGAGUUUACGCCUACUACGCACAAGCGCACGUUUUCCAGUCAAUCGACGGAUAUAUACGCAUGAUCCAUAUAUACGGCCACGGUGCCAAUUCAAAUCCACAAUUUUGCAAAAAAAACAUGGGUUGGUCAUUUUGGGCCUUCUUUUUGCUGUUGUGCACUUCUGCUGCUAAACAAGCAACGGCACAAUCAUACUACUCUAUCGUUGCACCUAAGGUAAUUAGACCAAAUUCAGAGUAUCAUGUUGCAGUAAGUAUUGUUGGCGUAUCUGAGCCAACUACGACAUUUGUUGAGUUAUCAGCCCAACUUGACGGAGGAGAAUCGUUUGCUGUAUCGGACACUAUUGUUGUUGAACCCUUUGCAACUCGAAUUUUAAAUUUAGAGAUCGGUGAUACGGGACCAGGUCAAUACAGACUAUUGGCUAGGGGUGUCUCAGGAUACCUAUUUGUCAACUCCACUAAACUUGAGUAUGUACAUAAGAGUUAUUCGGUCUUCAUUCAAACCGACAGAUCGGUUUACAAGCCCAGCAGCAAGAUUCAAUUCAGAUGCAUCGUACUUGAUUCGCGCCUACGGCCAACAGCAAAUCGGCAAGUUGAAGUUUACAUAAAGGACGGCCAAGGUAACAGAAUAAAACAAUGGGACAGGCCUCGUUUGCAUCAAGGCAUAUUCAAUGGCGAGCUCGAGCUGUCGCAAUCGCCCGUCCUUGGAGACUGGGAAAUCGUCGCAAACGUCGGAAACCAAACGUUUAAGAAGGGCAUACAGGUCGCCGAAUAUGUAUUGCCAAAAUUCGAAGUCACAAUAGACUCGGCUCCUCAUGCGACUUUCAAACAAGGCAAAAUUUCCGUCGUUGUUCACGCAAAGUACACUUAUGGAAAGCCGGUUAAGGGUGAGGCAACGAUCACAGCAUUCCCUGAUAUUUAUUCUCCAGUACUGCAGCCAGUUUAUCAAUCACCCAUCAGAAAAAUUGUCAAGAUCGAGGGCAAAACCACCGUCGACUUUGACAUAGUAGAAGAUCUUAGGGUAACUGAUGAUGACUACCGCCGACCGGUUGUGAUCGAGGUGGCGGUCGAGGAAGCUGUCACAGGAAGAAGACAGAAUAACUCCAUGCAAAUAACCCUUCAUAAACACAAAUAUACGAUGGAGCUACUGAGAACAGCUGAGUACUACAAGCCAGGCCUCAAGUACACAGCCUUUUUAAAAGUCGCUCAUCAUGAUGGCUCGCCCGUCGUUGACAAUGUCAAUCCGGUGCAUAUAUCUUACGGCUUUAGUUACAAUCAAGAAGAUCUUUACAACAUGUCAAGGUUGUUGGACAAAAAUGGAAUGAUCCAAUUGGACUUUUAUCCACCGCUAUCUGUGCCGGACAAUAUUUAUCGUGCAUUAAGGAUCGAAGCUCAAUACUUGAAUCUUCAUGAAUGGUUCCCAUCGACCAAUCCAGCUACUUCGCGCAGUGAAAGCUAUAUUCAAGCGAUGAUACGUACAGAUAAGCCAACGGUCGGUGAAUACGUAGAAAUAGAAGUCAAUUCGACCACUCCUUUGAAAUAUUUGAGCUACCAAAUACUCGGUCGUGGCGAUGUUUUAAAUGCUGCGUCAAUACAAGUUUCAAAUCGGAAUUCAGCAAAUUUCCGAUUUUUGGCUACCUAUCCAAUGGCCCCUAUUGCUCAUGUUCUCGUGUACUAUGUUCGAGAUGACGGCGAACUCGUCGCUGAUACACUGGAUAUAGAACUGGAAGGAACAUUACAAAAUUUCGUGGAUAUCAAAACUGUACCGAAUGAUGAAGUAGGACCUGGUGACAAUGUCGACAUCACAAUUAUAGCCAAACCAAAUUCCUACGUCGGACUUUUAGGGGUUGACCAAAGGUCUUUAGUAUUGAAGUCGGGCAAUGAUAUUUCAUACGAUCAAGUGAGACGUGAACUAACUUCAUAUGACUCGAACGAUUUUUCAUCGAACGAAGAUGAAAAUUUCGCACAAGCAUGGAUGAGACCUGGCUCCGCCAGCACCGAGGAGAUAUUUCGGAAAACUGGAACCGUGGUCUUAACAAAUGGAUAUGUUCAUGAAAAUCCGCAGCUCAUGAACUCGGAUGAUAGAUUGCGAGGCCCGCUAAGCGCAAUCGGAGGUCUUGGCUUAUCGACACUGCGUCCGGAUAUCGGACCACCUGUGAAACACAAAUUUGGCACCAGACCUGCUUGGGCCGGGCGAUAUGCGUUUUCUUAUGUGCCACUAGCUCCUUGGAGACCUCGUGUUUUCCUCAUGCAUGAUAUCUCCGACACUUGGCUUUUCUCAAAUAUGUCCUCAGGGUUCGAAGGAAAAACCGUAAUUCGAAGGACAGUACCCGACUCGAUUACUUCUUGGGUUUUAACAGGUUUUUCAGUAGAUCCUGCUUUUGGACUAGGCCUCAUGCAGCAGCCUAAAAAGCUGAGAGUAUUCAAGCCUUUUUUCAUCUCAUUAAAUUUACCCUACUCUGUGAUUCGAGGAGAAAUUGUCGCCAUAUCGAUCGUCGUAUUUAACUACAUGAAUAAGGACUUGUCUGUGGAAAUUGUGCUUGAAAAUAAUGGCGAUUUCGAUUUUGCCGAAGUGUCUAAUGAGGUUCACGAAAAUCGACGCCUCGAACUAUACCGUUCAAAGAAAGUAUAUGUUGGAGCCGACUCAGCACAAAGCGUAUCAUUCAUGGUUAUCCCGUUGAAAAUUGGAUACAUGACCAUAAAAGCUAAAGCUACCAGCGUGGUAGCCGGCGAUGCGAUUGAGUUCCCAUUACUCGUUAAGGCUGAAGGAGAAACCCAGUAUAGAAACAAAGUUGUGUUUGCCGACCUGCGCGAAGUUGAUACAAUACGAACUAAUGUGACUGUCGAUAUUCCAAAACACUUUGUCACCGACUCUGAUUAUGUGGAAGUGUCGGUAGUGGGCGACAUAUUGGGACCAAGUAUUCCAAAUCUCGAUAAGCUUAUUAAAAUGCCAUUUGGCUGCGGAGAGCAAAAUAUGCUUAAUUUUGUUCCGAACAUUGUUAUUUUGGAAUAUUUGAAGAACACAAAUCAAUUGUCACCGGCAAUCGAGAGUAAAGCUGUAAGAUAUCUUGAAACUGGUUAUCAGCAAGAAUUGACUUAUAGACAUACUGACGGCUCAUUUAGUGCUUUUGGUCAAGCCGAUCCAAGCGGAAGUACUUGGUUAACCGCAUUCGUCGCUAAAUCCUUCAAACAAGCUGACAAGUACAUAACAGUCGACUCGAAGAUCGUCGACGAAGCUUUGAAAUGGCUCGCUGAAAACCAAGCAGCCAAUGGCAGCUUUCCGGAAGUUGGUAUAGUCAGUCACAAAGAUAUGCAGGGUGGAUCGGCUCGGGGCCUGGCCCUCACCGCUUACGUUUUAAGCGCUUUCCUCGAGGGUGAUAGCCUCGACGCCCGCUACCGAAAUGUAGUGUUCAAAGGUAUCGAAUACGUAGUACGAAACAUGCCAGGUCUCGACGACAAUUACGCGUUGUCCAUUUGCGCAUAUGUACUGAGUCUAGCCCGGAACGCCUACUCGGACGAGGCCUACCGGCGACUUGCCUCGCGUGUCCAAGAACGCGACGGAAUGAAGUGGUGGACGAAGCCACUGGCCGAAGACGCUGAUAAAAAUCCUUGGUCCACUUUGUCACGCAGCGUCGAUGUUGAGAUGACGUCUUAUGCCUUGCUAACGUAUUUGCGAAGGAACGAGCUGUCCGAUGCGACUGCCAUUAUGAAGUGGUUAGUGAAGCAGCGAAACGUCGAAGGUGGCUUUACUUCAACUCAGGAUACCGUCGUAGGAUUGUAUGCUCUAUCAAAACUGGGUGAAAGGCUACGAACUAGCGUUUACGAUGUCACUGUCAGUUUUGAAACUGAUGCAGGAGAACAGAAGAGUAUACAUAUAAAUUCGAGAAAUUUCAUGGUUGUUCAGAAGCACAUACUUGAAAGUAAAACGCGAGCAAUCAACAUCACGGCUUCCGGAACAGGUUUUUCUCUUAUACAAGUAUCAUCUCGCUAUAAUCUCAAUGUCACCGGAGCAUUUCCACUUUUCACGUUAGAUCCGCAGGUCGAUCAGAUUUCUACGAACGACCACCUUCAGUUGUCUAUAUGUUCUGGAUUCAUUCCAACAAAAGAAUCUAACGAGAGCAACAUGGCUGUUAUGGAAGUUAGUUUUCCAUCUGGUUUUACGGUUGAUCCAGAUGCACUACCAAGCUUGGAACUGACGCAACACGUGAAACGAGUUGAAACGAAAAACGGCGAAACCAUGGUUGUAUUGUAUUUCGAUAAGAUGGUGCAUGACAAAGAAUACUGUCCGACAGUUUCGGCUUAUAGAAUACAUAAAGUGGCCAAGCAAAAACCUGUACCAGUUUCUAUUUAUGAUUACUACGAUUCAUCAAGAAGAGCGCGAGUUUUUUACGAACCAAAGAUGACAACGCUUUGCGAUAUUUGCGAUGGCGAGCAGUGCGGUGACGUAUGUAGCGUCAAAGCCGGAAAACGUUCGGAUGGUACCCUACCUUCGACAUCGUCAGCAUCUGGCAUUAUUUGGAAUUGGGCAUGGACAUUUAUUUCCCUAUACACCAUCCUCCAUCAAGCUCAAAUUUUGUAAAAUGCAAAGAAUAUUAUAGUCAACUAUUUUUCAAUUUGACCAAAUAAUUAUAAGUGAAAAUAUUUUUGUCCGUUAAUGCGUGUAUAUGAAUGAUUUUAUCAUAAAAAGACACCGCAGGUGCUUUUGCAUUGCAACAGAAAUCACACGAAUGUCACAAUGUGACAAAAAAUAAUUGUUAACUCAUAACCUUGUAACUUUCAACUAAAUUUUUGCGUAAUCGCCAAGAUUUUCCUUCGUAUCAAAAUCAUGUUAAUUGUCUGUAAAAAAGUUUUAACCAAAGUACAAUUUUUUAUCUAUAAUUUAGGUUUCGAAAUAAUUUUAUAUGUUACAAUAAUUUUAUUUUUUAAGAGUAAAUUAUUUUAAUUAUAAGAUACAAGUAACUUUUAGAUAAGCUAUGUAGAUACAAGUACAAAACAUAAUUUACCUAACUGUAAACAUUUACAAUAAAAUUUAGUACUUUUAUUUUAGAA